AUGCCAAAAAAACAAAGUGCCCGUGCAAAACUUCCACAAAAUGUUGAAGAAUUUUCUAGUAUAGUUUUUAAAACUGAUGGAAAAACACUAUUUUGUAAUAUUUGUGAGCAAGCAGUUUCAUCAAAUAAGUGCUUUCAAGUAACUCAACAUUUAAGUACAGCAAAGCACCUCAAUAAAUCAACAAGAAAAGAAAAAAAUCAAACAAAUAUUUAUAAAAGACCCAUUCGAAGAUCAGAACUCAGAAUUUUCCCUUGA